AUGACCUCCAAGUCCUCCGACAGUCCCUCCUUCAGUCAGAUUGUAUGCGUUGGCGCCGGGCUAUCAGCCGUCGCACUGGGCGCAACUUUAAAGAGGUGGUAUGACCUUGACGACAUUCAGUUCUUUGAAAGACACCCCACGACCGGUGGGACAUGGUACAUCAACACCUAUCCAGGAUGCGGCUGUGAUGUCCCAAGUGCUCUAUACAGCUUCUCUUUUGCCUUGAACCCUAAUUGGACGAAGCUCAUGCCGUCAAACAAGGAAAUCAAAGAGUAUGUCGACAACGUGGUGGAUACCUACGACCUCCGACCAAAGAUGUCUUUCGGGACGGAAGUUGUCCGCAGUGUCUGGCGAGAAGAUGCAAACCGCUGGCUUCUCUACAUGCGUGACCUGAACACUGGACAAGAAUAUACCCACGAGUGCCAAAUUCUCUUCGCAGCCACAGGACAACUUGUCGAGCCGCGCCCGUGUGAGAUUCUCGGCGAGUCGGAUUUUGAAGGGAGCAUCUUCCAUUCAGCGCGGUGGGACCAUAGCGUUGACCUCGAGGGGAAAGAUGUUGUAGUCAUUGGGAACGGAUGUACUGCCGCGCAGAUUGUGCCAGCACUGGUCAAUGAAGGAAAGAUCAAGUCGCUCGCGCAGAUUGUGCGCUCAAAGCACUGGAUAUUCCCAGUUCCGAACUUUGCCUACCCCCGGCUUCUGCAGUGGAUCUUUCGCUAUGUUCCAUUAGCUAUGAGAUUGCAUCGACUUCACAUCUUCUUGAUCGCCGAGAAUGACUUUCGCUUGUUUCCGAUGACCAAAAGCGCGGCUAGACUCAGGGAGAAGCGACGCAGGCAGGUGGAAAAGUACAUGCGCGAGGCCGGUCCGGAAAAAUACCACGACCUCCUCAUUCCAGACUUUGAUGUAGGAUGCAAGAGGCGAAUCUUUGACCCUGGCUACCUUGACUCUCUCCACAGUGACAAGGUCCUCCUGACAGACGGGAAAACCAAGAAGAUCACGGCAAAAGGGAUUGAGACAGACAAAGGCUUUAUCCCAGCGGACGUGAUUAUCCUCGCCACUGGGUUCCAAACCAACAAAUUCAAUCCCUACAUGGAUGUGGUCGGGCGCACCGGCCAGAAUGUCUCACAGCACUGGUCAAAGUACGAUGGCCCAGCUGCCUACAACUGCUCUGUGCUCAGUGGGUUUCCGAACUUCUUCAUGCUCUUGGGCCCUAAUGCUGCAACCGGGCAUACAUCGGCUGUGAUGGCUGCAGAGAAUUCCAUCAAUUACGCCCUCCGUGUCCUGAAACCAGUCUUAGAUGGCGACGCCGCUUCGGUCGAAGUAAAGGCUAAGGCUGAGCACGACUACGUUUACUGGGUGCAGGAUGCAUUGAAUAAACGCGUUUGGAAUGCAGGCUGCGUAUCGUGGUAUCUCAAUAACAAGAAAUGGAACUCCAUGUCCUACCCUUGGACGCAGGGCCACUACUGGUGGAGAAGUCUCUUCCCCACAUGGUCGGACUGGUAUAUCAAGGUUCGAUCUCCUCCGUGA